AUGGCAUCAGUGCUCUCUCGUUUUCUUUUGCAAGGUCCAAAAAGGAACACCAACACCAACACGGCAAAUGCGUCAGCGGCAGUGGUCAUCCAGGCCUGGUGGCGCGGCACCCUGGUGCGCCGCACGCUGCUGCACGCCGCCCUCAGAGCUUGGGUCAUUCAGUGCUGGUGGAGGCACAAGUUGGCAAAGCUGAUGGAGUUGAGGCGGCGGACAACACUGGAGUUCUUUGCCCGGCAAGAAUUGGCGGUUGUCCGGGUGCAGUCCUGGGUCCGCAUGUGGUGCAUACGCCAGCGGUACUGCCGGUUGCUCAAUGCCGUUCGUAUCAUCCAGGUCUAUUGGCGCUGGCACAAUUGUCAUACCCGUGGCUUUAUUCAGGGUGACUAUGAACUCAAAGAAGACCGACUGAAUAUUCAGCUUGAAAUCUCUCUGGGCUCACAAGCUUGUAAGGUACAACAGUGCAUACCCCUUCCAAUAAAAGAAUGA